CUGCUGUGAUGUCAUCCAAUGGACGAGUGGCUGGCGGCUGCGAUGCGCAUACGUGCAGCCCGCUGCCUCAACGCAUCACAGAGGAGCGCGCUUGACAGCUUGCCAGGUUAGAGAGAGAAAACACACACACACACUCACACACACACACCACACACACACACACACACACUGAAGGGAGGAAACCAGACCUGCCGAGGCUCCACCAGUCAGCCGUCACCAUCCUCCGCAUCCAGGUUUCCUCAUCGACAUCAUCCUUUUCUAUGGAUCCACGAUGUUCCUCCUCUAACGCACGGAUGGUGACGGUGGUGAUGCUGGCAGUGUAACCGGUGGACGCCGUUAGAGACACCCGCACACAGCCGCUUUGUCGAGGAGGGGGAGAAAGAAAAACAACAUCGGGGGGGAUCUGUUGUGACUGGACAUGAAUUCGGCGGAACAGACGGUGACAUGGUUGAUCACGCUCGGGGUGCUGGAGUCGCCGAAGAAGACCAUCUCGGAUCCCGAGGCGUUCCUGCAGAGCUCCCUGAAGGAUGGGGUGGUGCUGUGCCGGCUGCUGGAGCGGCUCAGCCCCGGGUCCACGGAGAAAAUUUACCAGGAACCGAAGAACGACGGCGAGUGUUUGAGCAACAUAAAGGAGUUCCUGAAGGGCUGCUUGUCGUUCCGCGUCGAGCCGUUUGAGGCCAGUGACCUGCUACUGGGACUGAACUUCUCGAAGGUGCUGAGCAGUCUGGUCGCUCUGAAUAAAGUGACUGCAGAUAUCGGCGUGGGCAGCGAUUCGGUGUGUGCCCGACACUCUUCAGCCCACCGCAUCAAGUCCUUCGAGUCGCUGUCUUCUCAGGCUUCGCUGGGCCGAUCCUCCAAACUGCUGCAGAACCAGUUUCGCAGUCUGGACAUGUCGGAGAACAGUGGACAGCAGCUGCUGGUGAAAGCACGUUUCGACUUCCAGCAGACCAACGAGGAUGAGCUCACCUUCGCCAAGGGGGACAUCAUCGGCGUGACUCGCCAGGAAGAUGGCGGUUGGUGGGAGGGGCUGCUCAAUGGAAAGAGUGGCUGGUUUCCUAGCAACUAUGUCCGCGAGGUCAAGGGCUCUGACAAACAAGUGUCUCCCAAGUCUGGUACCCUGAAGAGUCCCCCUAAAGGCUUUGACACUUCUGCAAUCAGCAAGACCUACUAUAACCUGGUGUUGCAAAACAUUUUAGAAACAGAGACAGAAUAUUCCAAGGAACUUCAGAGCCUCCUGACGAACUACCUGCGACCUCUUCAGAGCAUUGACAAGCUGAGCAGCCCGGAUGUGGCUCUAAUUCUGGGAAACCUGGAGGAGAUCAGCACCUUCCAGCAGAUGCUCGUCCAAUCGCUGGAGGAGUGCACCAAGCUUCCAGAGAGUCAGCAAAGGGUGGGGGGCUUCUUCCUCAACCUCAUGCCACAGAUGAAAGCUUUGUAUAUCGGUUACUGCUCCAACCACCCCUGUGCAGUCAAUGUGCUCACCCAGUACAGUGAUGUAUUGGGGGAGUUCAUGGAGGGGAGGGGGGCCGUCAUCCCCGGGAUCCUCACCCUGACCACAGGCCUCAGUAAACCCUUCAUGAGAAUCGACAAGUACCCCAACUUACUCAAAGAGCUGGAGAGGCACAUGGAGGAGACUUACCCCGACAGGCCAGACAUCCAGAAGUGCAUGGCGUCUUUCAAAAAUCUGUCUGCUCAGUGUCAGGAGGUGCGGAAGCGUAAGGAGCUGGAGCUGCAGAUUCUCACCGAGUCAAUCCGUCUGUGGGAGGGGGAUGACAUCAAGACGCUGGGCUCUGUGCUUUACAUGAGCCAGGUCUUAGUCCAGAGUCCUGGCGCCGAGGAGAAGAGUGAGCGUUACCUCAUGCUCUUCCAUCACGUCCUCCUCAUGUUGUCUGCCAGCCCCAGGAUGAGCGGCUUCAUAUUCCAGGGAAAAUUGCCCCUGACCAGUAUGACAGUGAACAAACUAGAAGACUGUGAAGCCCAUAAAAAUGCUUUUGAGCUCAAUGGAGCUUUGUUUGACCGUCUCCACGUGGCGUGCACCAACCAGCAGGACCUGCAGGACUGGGUGGAGCAUCUGAGCCGACAGAUCAAACACACCUCAGCUACAGCGCCCAGCCACAAACCUCUCACUGUGCCCUGCCACACGCUCCCAUCUCACCCCCUCACCCCGUCCCGGCAUGCUGAGGGCAGGUCCAUGACAGUGGCCCCCACCUACCACACCCUGCCUCACCCCUCCUCCCAUGGAACAUCUCACAGCACUAUGAUGUGGGGUCCACUGGAGCCGCCUAACACCCCGAAACCCUGGAGCCUGAGCUGCUUGAGGCCUGCACCCCCUCUAAGGCCCUCUGCCGCUCUGUGCUACAAGGAGGAUCUUAGUAAAAGCCCUAAGAGUGUGAAGAAACUUCUUCCCAAGCGCAAGCCAGAGAGAAAACAGUCUGAGGAGGAAUUUGCCUCGAGGAAGAGUACAGCUGCUCUGGAGGAAGACGCCCAGAUCCUGAAAGUUAUUGAGGCUUACUGCACCAGCGCCAAAACCAGGCAAACUCUGAACUCCACCUGGCAGGGCACUGACCUGAUGCACAACCACGUGCUGGCCGACGUGAACCGCUCCUGCGCGGACUCAACGGGCCGCCGCAGCAGCGUGUCACGGCCCGAAUUGACCUCUGACCUGUCGGAGGACUCUGACUAUGACUCCAUCUGGACCACCCACAGUUACAGGAUGGGUUCAGUGCCGCGCAAGAGCUGCAUCUCUCACCAGAACUAAAGAAUAUACAGUACUGCCACGCUGUACUGUAAUGUAACGUACAGCACGUUUACCUCUUUUACCUUCAAUGUAUUAAAGAGAACCUUUUUUUUAUUGAUCUAUUUAUUUUCUAAUAUAUAUUUGUUAAUUUUUUUUGUUAACUUAUUUGGUUUAUUUAUUUCGAUGGUCUCUUUUGAAGAUGUUCAAAGCAUCUCCCUGUUGCCUUUGACACUUUCCCUUUUAUGUGCCUCCUCUCUUUCUGUAGUUGUCAUGCAGUAAGUGUUAGGUAAUUCUUGUUAAUUUAUCUUGAAUGUGACCACUCCCCUUGUUUGACCAUAAAUGCGACGGACUCUCGUCGUAGAGAGUGGAGAGGGAAGUUGGAGGGGAAUAUGGGGGAACCAGGGAUGGGGGAGAGAUGGGGACUGAGUUUUUCCUGUCUGAUAUUCAGAUGUAAUUCAGGAACGAGAGUAUUCUAUUUACCAUGUACUACUUCUCUCCAGUAUGUGACUUUAGAGUAUGAAUGCUCAAAUAUAGCACAGAUACGACACAUGCGCGUAAACACACACACAGGUUGAGGCACAUAUGCCCCUGCUGGCUGAUAAAAUAGCAGCAUGCAAAUGUAAUAUCCAAAUUCUUAACAUUUUAUAAUAUUGUUUUCAUAAUUUUAAAGUUUUAUUCAUGUUGCCAGCCGAAAGCAGAACAAUAUUCAACAUAAUAACCAGACCACUGCUGAAUAAUCUGUUCUUGCCAACAUUAACAGUAUGUGACCGUCAGUCCGUUCUUUGUUGUAGCUGCUACAGAAAGAGGAGAUCAUCACAUACACUAGAUACAAGCUAACAGGCUAAGAAUGGUGAAUUUAAAGGGGCUGUUUACUCGCAUUACAAAAAACAAAUUUUCAUACUGAUCUCUAGUACUAUCCAAGUUGUGCAGAUAGUUUUAGAUGGCUUAAUUUUAAAACAAUUGGCACCAAUAGGUCUUUCCAGAAUCAGUGAUCUAUGACUUUUAUUUUAUUAAUUUCUGAUCUUAAAUUUUGCAAAAGAAAGUCAGCCAUUGUAUAUGUUUGGAGGCAGAAAUACCAGGAAAGCUAUCUGCAUUACCAGAUUCCACCACUAGAGUUAAGUGAGAUUGAUUUUUGGUGCACUGUUAAGUUAACCUUUUAAUAAUUUGCUGUAUUGUGAAGUCUCCUAAGCAUAAUCCUUUUAAAGCCUGAUCUUAAAUUCAGUAAUAUUACUGUGUCAGUGGUUCUACAGGGUUAUUUUUACAGUCUUAUCAUAUCUCAAGUUACUUUAUGAAUGAAAUAUAAAGCUUCAUAGAACAGCACAGGGCAGUGCGACACUAAUAACUGUAAACUACAACCUAAAACAGCUACAGUUAUACAAGUUGAUAUCUUUGUUUAGUAGGGAUGUGUCUCCUGCUCAUUAAAGGAAAGAUCUGAUAUUUUCGGAACUGGGAUUAUGCUUAAUUGCUUUUCUUGCUGAGAGUUCGAGAUGAAGAUUAAUUCCACUCUCAGGAUAGCAAAUGCAACACGUUUUAAUAUUCUAGUUAUGAGAAGCUAGUUUGCUUAGCAUAACAUAAAGAGAAGACGAAGAGGAGCUGCUGGCUAAUAUAAAUUGAAUAUAUAUAUUAUUUGUCAUAACUAGAAGAUUAUGUUUUAGUUAUGAGAACACUUAACCUUCAAGGGAUGAGAACAGAAAACGAAGAAUAAAUUAGCUACGCUAGCAGUUCCUCUUAUUCAAGUCUAUAUGCUAAGCAAAGCUUAACGGCCUCUGCUUAUCCAAACCAACUUCUGGUUAGCGUAGUCUAACCAGAAACUCUCUUGUUAAGCUAACCUGCAUGCGGGUAACUUAACCAGAAGCUGUCUUGCAAGGCUAACCUGCAUCUUGUUAGCUUACCUUAACCAGAAGAUAUAUUGCUAGGCUAACCAGCAUCUGGUUAUCUUAACUUAACCAGAAGCUAUAUUGCCAGGCUAACCUGCAUCUGGUUAGCUUAAAUUAACCAAAAGCUUUCUCGCUAGGCAAACCUUCAUCUUGUUAGCGUACCUCAACCAGUAACUAUCUUGCUAGGCUAACCUGCAUCUGGUUAGCUGACCUUAACCAGAAGCUAGCUUGCUAGGCUAACCUGUAUCUUCUUAGCUUACCUUAACCAGAAGCUGUCUUGCUAGGCUAACCUGCAUCUGGUUAGCUUACCUCAACCAGAAGCUGUCUUGCUAAACUAACCUAAAUCUUGUUAACUUACCUUAACCAGAAGCUAUCUUGCUAAGCUGGGGUGCUCCUGGUUAGCUUAACCAGCUUCUGGUUAACUUAGCCUACGAUACAACCAUUAUACCACAGACAUUAGAGUGGUAUCAGUCUUUUUAACUAAUCCACAGCACACAGGCCAAUUAUCCUACAUACCAAAAUAUUAACUAUUUCUUUAAAGUGUAGCUGUUGACGGCUCUGACAGUUCGACAUAGUUAGCAUAGUGUCAUAAACAAACAUCCCUUGUGUCACAACAAACUAACACCUAUGCUACGGCCUCAUAAGUCAGACACCCCUCUGUGUUGUCUGGUUUGCGUGGUUUUCCAUACUAACCUGCAUUAAUAACUAUUUUUAUGAAGAAGUAUUUUUCCAGUAUUGGUAAUAAAAGUACAGCUUGGCAUCCACUUAGUCUAUCUCCUCUUACAGUAAGCAAUGCAGGUGACAUGUGGAAUAUAUUGGUCCAUGUUACGGUACUAUUUAAUGAAAAUGAAAAUUGUUUAUUCAUUAUUUUGUAUGAAGGCAUUUCUUUUUUUUUUAUGUUAUUCUUUAUGUCAAUGUUUACAAAAUGAUCCCUGGAUGAAUCAUUUGUGUUCUUUUUUUUCUACAUUUUAUUGGUCUGAUUUAAAGUUUACACUGAAAUUAUAACAUGAAGUGUUUAAAUUAUUUUGCACAAUCAUGUAAAUGGGCGUCGGGGGUGGGGGGUAGAUCUGUUAAAUUCUGUACUUUUUGUCGUCUGCCUAGAGUGUGUAUGAUAUAGUCCUAAAGGUAGACUUAAGUAUUCAGUGUUACUGUAAAGUAAAUGCUCAUUCGUAGUGUAAAAGAAAAAAACAAGAGAUGAUUAUAUGGGAAUAUUUCUAUGUGAUCUAUUCACUCAGCCUCUGAAUACUGUCAGUGUGGACUUGAAAAAUGAAGAGCACACAGUGUCCCUUUCUGUAAAUACUAGUUGUCAUGGAACAAGGAAAAAAAAUCCAUUGUACCUUCUAUGAGUAUUUGAGCUGAGAAUAUCACUGUCCUUACAUCACGUGCUAUACUUUGUGACGGGUGUAUUCUGUGAAACUAACUGUGGGACCGGCAGGGUAAAGAGACUGUCUGUGACAAACAUCGUCUCAGUGUGCUCUAAUGCUGUAUCCAGUUCACACAUGUGACCACGUCUUAUCUGCAAACAGCGCCUUCAGUGUAUUUGUUCGACACUGCUCAAGUGUUCAAGUCCCAAACGCUGUAUUAUGAGUUUUGAAUAAAUCUGUCAUUUGGUAGA